GCCUCCGAGGACGCGAGCGGGGAGCAAGUUGAGGCCAUGGCCCCUCGGCGCCUCCUGUUGGUUGGGGAGGGGAAUUUCUCCUUCGCCGCCGCUCUGAGCGAGACCCUUGAUCCGAGCACUAGUCUAACCGCCACCUGCCUCCAGCAUCCGACCGACUUAGCCCGGGACCCGGUGGCCCGGGAGAACCUGCAGCGCCUGCACGAGCGAGGUGCCAAGAUACGUUUUGGUGUGGACUGCACCCAGCUGGCAGAUGCCUUUGAACUGCACGACAGGGAGUUUGAUCGAAUUUAUUUUAACUUUCCGCACUGUGGACGCAAAGCUGGAGUAGCUAGGAACAGGGAACUGCUUGCCAGGUUUUUCCAGAGCUGUGCAGAGGUUCUUGCAGAGGAAGGAGAAGUCCAUGUGGCAUUGUGUAGAGGACAAGGUGGGACUCCUGCUGAUAAUCCCACAAGAGAAUGGCACAACAGUUGGCAAGUGGUUGCCAUGGCAGCUCUGGGGGGAUUCAUUUUAAGUGAUGUGCAUCCCUUCAGCUGUGAGGCUGUGCCAGGGUACAAGUGCACUGGAUAUAGGAGUCAAGAUAAGUCCUUUCACAUAGAAGGUGCUGUGAACCAUAUCUUCACCCAGAGCUUACCCUUUGAAGGUUUGCAACCAAGAGUCUUCAGGAUCAAACUGGGUGGCAGGUGGUUUUCCUUUCCAGAACCAGAAGCACUUGCAGGAAAAUUGAACAGGGGUUUCCUAGAAGCAUCUUCAUGUCAUCCUAUCAAAACCAUAAAUGAGAAACUGAUUGCUGAAUUGGGCAAAGCUUUCCCUCUAAAAAGGCUGACGUGCUCCUUCCCUUUGCUGCCACAGGGAGGCAGCAGUGUUCUCACUUCCUGGAACUGUGAUCUCUCAGCAGCCUUUUGGGUUAAUCUCCUUGAGGAUAACUCAAAUUCUGAGCCCCUAAUUGGUGGGACAACACAAGACAUGGAGGACCUUUUAGAGUCAUUUUCAGAACUUAGCCUUCCCAAGAGCCCUGGAAGAAAUGGUAAGGAAGAAGCUCGUGAAGGAAUCUAUGGCCAAGCCAAGGUCUGCCUCAGACCAUCUCUGCUAGUUCAUGUUCAGGCUAUCAUUCAAGCACCAGACUUCCUCCCAGGUACUCUGCACAUCCUCAGUGGACCUGUCUUUCGGAAGUGCCUCAUCUUGCCUUUUACAAUGCCAGCAUUUCAUGAGACUUUAUUUAUCCUUGGGUUUAAUCAAAAUCUGAAGGAUGGCUGUCUUCAGUCACUACUGGAUCAUUUGAAGGGCAUUCUAGAUAGCUUUCUGACUCAGACGUUUCCGGAGGGCUCUAAACUGAGCAGUUCAGUGGAAUUUGUCUUUCAGCCAAAUGGGAAAGAUUAUAUGAUUAAUGUGAAGUCUCAUAAUUUUGGCCCAGAUUUUGCCAAGGAUCUGAUUAUUGGAUCUGUCACCACACCUGCUACAAGCAUUAUACACAAAGACCAGGGUUUUGUGUUUGUGUCUAUGAACUUGGACCUAUUAGCCAUGCUUGUCUGGGGUAUCUCUGACUGGAGGAUGUUGUGGACCUUUGAUAAACGUUUCCUGAAUAAUUUUAUUCCUGGGAAAAUAGAACCCUUUAAAAGCUAUUCCCUAUGUCCUCCAUGCUUUGUGCAUGAUAUUAGUUUUUGGUUAGACGAGAAAAAAGGAUUUGAUGAACUAGAGUUUCAUACUGUGGCCCGAGCAGUGUCCCAGGACACUGUCAUAUCCAUACAAUUCCUCAGUCGUUUUCAGCAUCCCAAGACUGAACAGGUCAGUCUCUGCUAUAGAUUGACCUACCAGACCUGUGACAAAGCCCUUACCCAGCAGCAGGUAACAUCAAUGCAGUCCCAGUUUAGGAAAGAGAUUCAACAACGACUACAUGUGACACCUCGGUAGUUUAGUAAAUUCAUUUCCACAGUGUGAUCCUCAUGGGUGUGGGAUGAAAAAGACCAAUUUGUAACUGGUAGUCCUUUCUGGACUUUUUUUUUUUUUUUUUAAUAUUUUACCUUGUGACCAUACCCACUGUUGAUUAUAAGGAUACCUGUGACUCAGUCACUUAAACUUAUAGACUAUAAUGUGAUUAGUGAUCUUUGGAGAUGUGCAGUAUUUUGAUCCUGAGUAAUGGCUAGGAAAACAAACAAAUAAAACAACAUCUUGUACUUUAGAUGUUCUAUUGCUAAAGAGGCAGUAGAACUUGAGUGCUCAUUGUAUGUAUAUUAAAAUACAUCUUCCACACUGUCA